GUCGUAGAGAAGAGGCCGGGUUCCCCGAAGAAACGUCUCCUCCCUCCCCCUUCAGUUCAACCUCUCUCGGCUUCUCUACCUGCCUCAUCCUCUCCAUGGCUCUCGACUCUGUUCCUCCUUAUCCCAGCGACUUUGGAUCCAGCCGGGCUGUCCGAACCCAACAAAGAAUCAGGAAGGACGAGCGCACCUGGACGACGGAUACGUAUGCGCCGUACGACGACGGGCACCAGUGGAGGAAGUACGGCGAGAAGAAGCUCUCCAACUCCAACUUCCCAAGGUUCUAUUACAGAUGCACCUACAAGAACGACAUGAAGUGCCGUGCCACAAAACAAGUCCAGCAGAAGGACACCAGUGAUCCGCCAUUGUUCUCCGUCACUUAUUUUAACCAUCACACCUGCAGUACCAGCUCAAAUCCCAUAGGAAGCACUAGAGACAUUGCUGCACAGUCAUCUUCGAAGAAGGCGGUAUCAAUCUGCUUCAGCCCGCGCACCACCAGUGAGCAGCCCACAUUCCUGACAUCCUCGGCUACACCAUGGUCGCCGAGCAUACAUUCUUACAGAGCCAACCAACAGCCUGACAGGAGCGCCUAUGCCAACCAGUUCCAGUUGAUAAGCACAUCGUCUCCCACAAGUAAUGGUCCUGUUAAGAUGGAGGUAGAUGAUUUUGCACCAGCAAGCCCUUCAUCCAGUGGCACCGGUGCUCUGUCGCGGACAUUGCUACCGAUCGGCCAGUCUAGAUGCAUCGAGUACUUCCAUUUCUUGUGAUGAUUUAGAGGCAAGAAGAAGCAGAUAUGCUAGGAAGCUCGUGGUGCCUGUUUCAAGAGCCAAGUGAAAGUUUUAUCUGGAGCUGGAGGCGAUAUUAUAUUGCUGUCCCGGCCUUAACCACAGGGACUCAACCUACUGAUCCCCAUAGAGAUAUUACUGCCUUAUUCCUUACUGAUUCAAGCCACAUUUUUGUGCUUGAGUAAUUUGAAGAAUGAGAUUAAGUUUCUUUAUCGAGUAGAGGAUACAAACAAAAGGUUCUUGAGGUUGUACCUAUUGUUUGCUUACAGAUGAUAUGCCUAGUCUUGAUAGCAGAUUCCCCUGGUCACUCUGCUACUACUCGAGUACUGCAUGGAUUCUACAAUCCUUUUCUUUUUCCCUUUUCUUGAGAUGUGUACAGGUUGGUUUGUCUUAGUAACAAACACGGUUUAAUUCAAGUUUGGUGCUUGAAUGUGAAUCGAUGGCAACUACUAAUUGAAGUUUUACUAGUUAAGUGUCUGUGUGUUGCAAUAAAAAUAUAAAUUUUGGACGUGGUAA